AUGAAAAGUGCGUCAAAAGAGAAUAUAAAUACAGGGGCCUUUACAGCUCUCUGAGUAGUUGGAGUAGUAGUAGUAGUUGUGUAAUUUUGCUGAAGAAAGAAAGAGCAUACAAGCAAGCAGCAAGAGGAAGUCUUCGCCAGACCACAACCCUCAGAAGAUCAAAGAAGACACCUGAUUUUCUUAGAGAAGAACAUAUACUGAAUAGAGAAGAGGGUAAGCUUUAAAAAUGUAAUUAUUUAUCUGGCCCAUGGAUCUUCCAGCUUAGCUGGCAUAGAGUGGUGUAUUUAGCUUUUGCCUUUGCAAGAAAUAAUAAAAUGAGAAUGAGGACUGCCCUCAAACUCUGAUAGUAUUGUCUCAGUCUGUUUAUUGUUGUAGAGUGAGAAUCCAUUUGGGGUAUCAGAAGUUGACUGUCUGAAAAAGACAGAUUUUUAUAAAGAUAUCCCGACGGACUUUACAAAGUCAGUCAAGGUUGCCAACCAGUCGCAACAGAGUGGGCCAUGGGAGUGCAUUAUAGCAGGCAUAGCUGUCCUCUGAGGGCGAAGAGCCAGCUGUGGUGCACUGAACGGGAGGCUAACCCACCCCACCCAGGUAGGCUUGGUUGAUAUCUGAACCGUAGGCCUAGGAGGAACGGUAGUGAUCAGAAGUAGACCCUGAGAUAACAUAAUCUAAGAAGAAAAUAUUAUAUGCCUACCUGACUCCUCCUGAAUCUAUAAAGGUAAACCUUUUACAGGAGUUGAGUAAUACGAAUAGAGGAAGUGGCUCGUGACCAAGAUAGUGUUACGUGGUCGCGGCAGUAACCACCCAGGGGGUGACGCGGCACAUUUUGGCGCCCAACGUGUAGGGCACGAGCGAACUCUAGUGUUGAAUUUAGGUGGCUAAGGGAAACGGCCUACCUUUUGUGUGUGGAUAGUUGUUUCAAAUAGGAUUGCUAAGGAAACGAAGUAGAGGUCCCCUCGGACAGAGCGCAACCAGAACUCAUCGAGUCUACUUAGGGCGUUUGACGCAAGUCUAUUAUUUGAAAGCCCCAUUAGUGCGACAAUGGCAGGUAAAACUAUCGUGCUGGUGAGACCUGGGACUUGUUUCACAUCAUUUUAGUAGUGUAACGCAGUCAGAAAUUUACUCGCUCAGUCACAUGCUUGGAUUUUCCUGCACAGCUAGCAAACUUUGUGUGGUAAUCGAUGAAGAUGCAUCACUUCAACCUUCUUGGAUUGUUCAUCCUGUUAUCUGCUCUGUCAAGAUCUUAUGCUGGUAAAGUUCUGGUCGUCCCUGUGGAUGGAAGUCAUUGGAUAAAUAUGAAGGUCCUUAUUGUGGAGUUACAUUCAAAAGGUCACAAUAUCACUGUGGUCCGAGGGUCUAGUAGCUGGUACAUUGAGGAAAAGUCUCCUCUCUACACUUCCAUUACUGUGGACACUGGUGAAUUGUACAAUGACUUCAUUGAGAGGUUUCUCCCUCAAUUACUGAAAAUGCAGAGACAAGGACGAUCAUUUUGGAAUGAAAUGGCACUUGUGGAUGAAACUUGUAGGACGUUUUCAAGAAUUCAUCAGCAAAUUUGCAACAUGACAGCUACAAUGUUUGAAAAUGAGACCUUGAUGAAUUCACUGAAAGAUGCUGCAUAUGACAUUGUUCUGACGGAUCCAGUUUUCGGAGGUGGAGUGUUACUGGCACACCGUCUUGGCCUCCCUCUUGUGUUCAAUGUCCGCUGGACCAUGUACGGAGAAGCCCAUUUUGACAUAGCUCCAUCUCCACUCUCAUAUAUACCUGUUCCAUGGAUACAGCUGACCGACAAGAUGACAUUCAGUCAGAGAGUCAUGAAUAUGAUGAUAUAUAUAAUGAUUCAUUAUAAAAAUUCCAAAUACAUCGGUUCUUACCAAGAGUUUACCCAGAAAUAUUUUGGCCCUGAUGUUGAUUUCUUCUCCCUCCUCCAGAAUGCCGACAUCUGGCUCAUGAGAAACGACUUCACGUUUGAGUUUCCACGACCCACAAUGCCAAAUGUUGUCUACAUGGGCGGCUUCCAGUGCAAACCAGCUAAGCCACUUCCAGAUGACCUUGAGGAGUUUGUGCAGAGCUCAGGAGAGCAUGGGGUCAUCAUCAUGACUUUAGGAACUGUUUUUGGUCAGCUUCUGAGUGAAAUCAAUGAUGAGAUUGCUGCAGCUUUUGCUCAACUGCCUCAAAAGGUUAUUUGGAGACACACAGGACCACGACCUGCCAACCUUGGUAAUAACACAUUGAUUGUGGACUGGCUCCCUCAGAAUGACCUGCUUGGACAUCCUCAAACUAAAGUGUUUGUGGCACAUGGAGGCACCAAUGGAGUUCAGGAAGCCAUCUACCAUGGGGUGCCUAUUGUGGGCCUUCCUUUAGCUUUUGACCAACCUGACAAUCUCUCCAGGAUGCAAGCAAAGGGAACAGCAAAAAUUGUAGACUUUGCAACUGUGGACAGGAAUGUGUUUCUAGAGGCAAUAAAGGAGGUUUUGCAUAACUCAUCUUACAGGGAGAACAUGCAGAGACUGUCCAGACUGCACCACGACCAGCCAAUGAAACCUCUUGAUCGUGCUGUCUUCUGGAUUGAGUUUGUCAUGAGGAAUAGAGGAGCCCCUCAUUUACGAACACAGUCUUUCAGAAUGUCCCGGAUUGAGUACUACUGUAUAGAUGUUAUUUUCACUCUUUUGAUGAUAUUUGUGUUGUCUUGUUUUGUGAUUUUCUCUAUCAUAAAAUAUCUUUGUUUUAAAGUAGUAUUUAAAAAGAAAAUGAAAUCUGAGUGACUGAAUAUUUGGCUCAAAUCUCAGGACAUAAUAACCAAUAUUUCUAUUUCUUUUUCAAAUUAAAUGUCUCAAUAAUUUUUUUUUUUUUUUUUUGGAAAGUUGUAAAAUGACACGACACAUGUAAAUCCUUAAAAUCCAAUCUUCUAAAACAAAACUUGACUGAUGCGACAAUAUGUGGUUUGAAAUAAACUGUUCUUUGUGCUUUA